CAUCAAUAUAUCAAAUUUCUAAACUUGAUAUGUGUACAACGUCGUCUGAGUCAACAUUGCUUUAAUUUGUACAAAUAGCUGAAAUUUCAUUUCACGCCGAAAUCGAAAGUUCAACAUUUCAUAAUACUCUGCAUUCUCACGAGUCGAGGAACAAAGAUUUGAGGAAUUAUAUCAGAGUUCCGCUCAGCCAUGAAUUCAGAGAACGCGUCUGUCAGCCGAAAUGGCAAAUCAUUUGGAUCACGAUGUAGUCGAUUCCUAUAUUUCAUUAUUAAUCUUCUGACCUGGCUUGGAGGAGGAGCGCUGAUUGGUGUCGCCAUAUGGAUCGUUGUUUCCGAGAACGAGUACAAACAUUUCAUGGAAAAUCAGACAAUCUUCAUCGCCUACAUCACACUGGCUACAAUCCUUUUCACCGCAGGAAUUCUAGGAACAUUCGGGUUUUUGUUGGGCAACCGAGCACUGUUGAAAGUUUAUUUCUUCAUUGUAUGUGUUGUAUUUUGCACGCUCUUCGGCUUGCUCAUCUUGGGAGUCGUAAAAAGAUCGAGGAUGGAUGAGAUAGUUGUAAACCAAUGGAACAGAACUAACGACGACACAAGAAUUUUCCUACAAACGAAGUUUGACUGUUGUGAUGUUGGUGAGUACGUCUCUGAAAGACCUUCAAACACCGAUCCAUCUUGCUUCGUCAACAUUACCAACUACGAGAGAAAACUGGACUGUCUAACUAAGCUUGUCCAGUGGUUUGAAGAUAAUCAGAUUAUUAUUGCCUCGGCUGCAGGUGCUGUCAUGGGAUCAUUGAUCACGCUUAUGGCUGGGUCAUGUUACUUCAUCAGGAAAUUCGGAUCCACACAAAGCGAAAGGAAAAGAAACAGAGUCGGACCGCAGGAAGAGAACAAUAAUGAUUUACCAGACGGUUGUGAAAUGACCCCAGUCGAGGAAGAAGACAGCGAUAUUUCGCAAAGACGUAAAACCGAAACAGCAAGAAAAGUUCGUUCACUGCAGCGACAUGCCUGGGCAAAACAUUCUUCUCUUCAUACAUCGUCGUCCUACUAAAGACCGCGCGAAAACACGGACUUCUUUUUUCAAACUUAAUGUUAUUGUUAGAAAGACUAAACUUGAAAAUAUAUCAACAACAAAAAAUGAUAGUUGUAUGUGAAAUAAGAGCCUGUACAUUGAAGACCAUUAUUGAAUCAAAGCAUCAAACGUUAUAAAACCUCUA